AUGAUUUCUAUAAAACUUCAUUGGCCAUCCGAAGUCUUGGAGAAUAAAUACUUGACACCUGUCAACUUGCACAUGUGGAUUUUGGAGCUGAUGGCAAAAGAAGAAAUCCUUUUUUGCCUCACUACAUUUGAUAAUAAUGCUUCCGACUUGAGUAAAUGUGAGAAUGACAUCGUCAAGUGUGUAGCUAAAUUGUUACCAUUCGCCUGGCAACAGGAAGCCUCUCGAACUCAACCGAACACGAAAAUGUGUUGUGUCUGCUUUUCGAUGAAAACGUGGAAUUGGGAAAGCGUACUCAACACUUAAAGAGAGAGAGAGAGAGAGAAGAGAGAAGAAGAGAGAGGAUGAUAAAAAAAUGAAAGAGAAAAUAAAAUAUAGAGAGAGAGAGAAGGAAGGGAUUCUUGGCGAUGGCGUGGCAGCUGGUCAAAGCCGGUCUGGUCUCGAUCUUUAUUCGUAGGGACCUCUUUUUAGGAAAGUAGUAUUAUACACUCUCAGGUGAAUGAUAUUCUGGAGUGUCGAUUUCUACUCAUGCAGGUCCAAC